AUGAUAAUACUAUCCUUGUCAUUUUCACGGCUGGUUCUGCCAAUCGACAUUCAAGCAGUGAAUUUGAAGUCUGCAGUGUUUGCAUGCAGCUUCACAACCAAUCUAGCAGCCAUUGACGAGUCAAGAGAUUACCAGCGUAUGGUGAGAAUGCUUGCCAUGAGUAGAGUAUCGCUUUUCAGACAAAGAAAUUCAUUGGACUCCUUGGUUUUGCAUCAUUACAUAACAUUUUGA